AUGGGAGUAAAUAAGCUUAAUUCYCUCAUGAAAGAUUGUGCCACAGCGGCUGGUAUCGGCGAAAACAAGYGAAUUACGAACCAUAGUGGUCGCAAAACUCUUGUACAAACUCUGGUUGACAAYAACKUCCCACCAACGCAAAUUAUGCAGCUCACAGGACACAAGAACGUCCAAUCUGUGAACAAUUACAGCACUAUGGGAGAAAAACAGCAGCAAAAUAUUUCUUCAAUUUUGUCUGCCACAUCUACCACUGCGUUGCAGCCCUAUUAUGAGCAAGUUGGAAAUUCUACAACGCCAAUAGCAACGACAGAAACCGCCAGUAUUUCCGCACAACCWCAACGACUCGCAUCCCUUUUCCUUGGAAAUCAUAUCACCGGAGGAACAUUUAAUGUUCAUGUUUCUACCUCGUCAUCUAUGGCUGCUAAUACAAUGAUAGCGGAAAGUCCUAAGCGAAAGAAAUAUCGUAGGAUUUUGGAGAGUGACAGCAGCCAGAGUAGCAACAGCCAGGAUUAGUCGUUUCAUGACUGUUCACAUUUCUGUAUUCAAUAUCACCUACUGCUUUAUUAUAUCAGCUUGUUUUUUAUCCAUUUCCUAGGUUUUGUAGU